ACUCGGCGAUUUGACUCGCGAGUCGCUGGGAUGCGAACCGGACGAGUCGCUGGUGGUGAAUUUCGCUUUCAAGUUGUACAGAAUGGCUGACGAGAGCGUUUCGACGAACAAUUCUCGCGAGGAGUUGCCAGGCGCGUGAAGGGGCUGGGGCCGCGCGUGGUGAUUUUGGUAGAACGGGAGAUGAACACAAAUACGGCGCCGUUUAUGGCGCGGGUGACGGAGGCUUGCUCGUAUUACGGUGCCCUGUUUGACUCGUUCGAAGCAACGAUGAGCAGGGAUAACUCGGAGCGAGUUAAGAUCGAGGUGGGACUGAGUCGGAAGUUAGCGAACUCGAUUGCUUGUGAAGGGAGGGAUCGUGUGGAAAGAUGCGAGGUUUUUGGGAAGUGGCGGGCCCGGAUAGGAAUGGCUGGGUUCGAGUUGAAACCACUGAGUCAAAACGUGUCCGAAACUUUGAAAGCUAAACUCAGUGCAGUGAACCGAGUCAACACGGGUUCACGGUUACAGAUCAAAACGGUGGCGUUUGCAUUGGUUGGAUGGGCCGGACCAUCACAGUCGCAUCUGCUUGGCGUUAACUUCAUUUUCUUUAGUUUUAGAAGUCUUCAAAGCCCUUCAAGGCUUCUGACCCUGAUGGGCUUUAAUAUUUGGUCACAGUGGGGCCUUCUCUUUUUAAAAAAUCCAAGACAUCAAAAUAAGCAAUAAAGCUAUAUUUAAAUAAAAAGAGGCCCAACUAAAUUGUUUGUCAUUUAGAUUACUCGUACAUUUGAUUUGGUA